AUGGCGAGUCCAAGAAUGCCGAAGCCUAUACUGAAGAAAACCUCCUACCCCGCCACGCCUGUCCGUAACACAUCGACUACCAUAUCUACCCCUUCGCGAGAAGAACGAGAUCGAGAAACAGCAUUACAACACGCGCGAAUACUACAGGCGCGCAAAGAAGUCGAGCUUGAUAUUCUCUCGGCUAUAGAGGAACUCUUAGACUAUCCACUCGCCGGUCCACCGCACGAUUCAAGCAACCCUUCAGUAGAAGAUGCGCAAACCUUCAAGAACCUCCUCAAGCCCUUCCAACCCAGCGACUAUGACGAUUUAAUCGUUGAACGCAACAUCGGUGAAAACUGCGGCUACGCGCUAUGCGCGAAGCCAAGAGUGAAAGAUCCUUUGGGAGGCAAGUACAGGAUUGUAGGCACGCGCGGUAGAGCAAAGGAUUUCAAGGUAGUUGAGAGAGGAGAGCUUGAGAAAUGGUGUUCAGAAGCUUGCGCUAGGAGAGCGCUUUAUAUAAGAGUUCAACUCAUUGAAAGUCCAGCGUGGGAAAGGGAUGUUGCUCAGUCAUUUGUCAAAAUCGAUUUACUUGACGAGCCCAAAUCACAAGAUAUCGUGGGAGGCUUGGAGAAGAUGAACCUGGAUGAUAAAGAAAUACAAGAUUCCACGCAGAACCGACAAGAUUUGGCACUUGAAAGAGGUGACCAGUCAUUUGCUUCUAGGAAUGGGCUUGUUGAUGUCAAAAUAUUAGAGAAGGAUGUGAAGCGCGAGGCUGAGGCUCCAUCGUUGGAAGAGGAUCUAAGUGGAAAGUUGAACACGAUGCAUUUAUCUUUGGAAGGGCAUUUACCAAGAUUUGAGCAACAGAAGAAAUCGCUCACAGAAGACGAUGGCGACGAAGAUAUGGACUGGAAAUUGUAA